AUGUCCGAAAUCCUGAAGAAAGUCAAAGGAAAGCUGUUCAAGACCAAGAGGGCCAAGAAGGAGAAGAAAGAGGUAUGUCAAAUGUUUUAAUUUUAUUUUUUUAUUUGAAUUUUGAGUUAACUACCAGCAAUUUUUAUUUUCUCGCUUGAAAUGGUAGUUCUUGGCUAAAAACCCUCAAAAUUUCUAUUUUUUCGAAGAAAAAAUUGUUCGUCUUGUGCUCCACAGACAACUACGAAAAGCCAAGUCGUAUUUUACAACAUGCGAAAUGAUUUAAAUCGAUUAUUCGUUAGUUUUGAGCUUUUUUCGAGAAAAAUCAUCAUUUUUGACUAAAACAAGGUAAAAAAUUGUUUUAAAACCUCCUUUUCUCUCAAAAAAUUGAUCUGUUUGAAUUUCAAAAUAUCUGUUCUGAGUUGUCAUCGCAUUUCGUAGCAAAUUGAUAUUAUUUUACCCAUCAAAUUUAAAAAAAAAUCACAAAACUUCCCCAAAAACCCAUAAUUUUUCAGGUAUGUCAAGAAACACCCCUCCCGAUGGAUCCCUCGCCCCGCCCACACUACCGUCGACUUGUCCGCGAAUACGAAGAUGUCCGGCCAUCCACCUACUCACAUUUAUUCAAGCCUCCGACCACUUUCAGGCCAAGAACCACGGCCAAAUCCGUGGCCGGCGGAGAAGAUUUGGACUCGGAUUCCGAAGCCGGCACUGGAUUCGUGAGGAAUUGCCGAAAGCGGGUUUCCUUUCAUCCACAUGUCCGCGAGGAUGAAGUUGAUGUUUUGAGGGAGAAAACUUAUGUGAGUUUUGAUUUUAAUUUUUGAAUUUUGGGAUUCCCGCCAAAUUUGGCAUUGUGUUUUCGGAGGGUAAAUGUAUUAAAAAAUGUUGUAAAAUACGUGUAAAUUUCUCAAAACACACUUUUGACAAUUUUUUUUCACUGUCAAAAAAAUUUUCGAAAUUUGAAUUUUGGAAUUCCCGCCAAAUUUGGCAUUGUGUUUUUGGAGGGAAAAUCAGUGUAAAAUUGAAAAAAGUGUAAAAUUUUUUUUUGGAAAUAUAUUUCUGACUAUUCUGACGGUAAAAAACCGUCUUGAGACCUGAAUUUUGAACUUCCCGCCAAAAUUGGCAUUAUGUUUUCGGAGGAUAAAAUUAGUCUAAAAUUAUAAAAAAAGUGUUGUAAAAUACGACACAGCCCCUCAAGAGGUGUUUUCGACAAUUUUUAAAGUCGAAAAAGACCUUGAAAUUUGAAUUUUUAGUUUCCCGCCAAAAUUGGCAUUUCGAUUCAGACCCCUGAAAUUGGUAAAAUCAAUUGAAAAAGAAAGAAAAAUACACUUUCAAGAUAAUUUAUGAAAAAAAACUAAAUUUCUUUUUUCAGAAACUAGAACGAGAUCUUGAAAUGAUCCAACGUCAACUCCAAUUUUGUUCCCGACGAAGUGUCCGUUUUCAGAAGCUCUACAGAAGCGAAAGGGAGACCAGAAAGUACUUGAAUGUAAGUGAUUUUUUAUUUUGAAAUCAAAUUUAUCUUUAGUAAAAUUUAUUUUAUUUUAAGAAAAAAUUAGAUUUGAUGUCUAGUGCAAUAUAAAAAUUUUCCUUUUGAUAGGAAAUAAGAGACUUUUUCAUAUAGGCAAUGGUAAAUUAAAGAUCACAAAUAUUUUACACGCGAUUUCAGUAGAUUUCCGAGGGAUAAAUUCGAAAAAAUCGGGUUGCAGCAGAAUGCCAAGAAUUUCAAAAAAACCGCGGGACAAGUUGGAAUUGUAAAAAAUUUUGUGGAAAACGAAAGAAAGUGAAUUUUGGGCCGAAAUGAGUUGUAAAAUACCAGAAUCUUACUUUAUUUCUUCAGUAAUUUUUGAAAAAAUAUCUUAAAAUUAAAAAAAAUCUAAAUUUUUCUAUUUUUCAGCAAGAAAAUCAAGUGCUCCGAAAAAGUUUUAUCGAGUUGAUGGACAAGACGUUGAAUGGGACUCAACUUUCGAUAGAUUCUGAUGAUGUUAUGGUGCCAAAUGUCAGCUGUACAGGCGCGGUGGAAGGAUUUGCCUCGGAUGGAUAUCACAGUGGAUCUUUGUGCUGA